AUGAUUUUGACAGCCACUCUCCUGAUGAUUACCAUUCACAGCUCUUAUUCAGAUGACUUCUGUUAUAACGAGCAUCAUUGUGAUCCUUACGCAUGGGGCGACACGUUCCCGUCCUGCCACCCACUGCUUGAAGAGCAUCACUCUCCAAUCAAUCUGGACUAUCAGAUGAGCAGAAAUGAAUCACUGGGAGCGUUACAUCUCGAGGGCUUUGAUACUGUUCAGACAGGCCACUGGACGCUGAAAAACAACGGCCACUCUGUUGUUCUGCAGGUGGGCAGUGGCAUGUCGGUGAGUGGCGGAGGCCUCCCGGGGGUGUACCACACCAUCCAGCUGCAUUUCCACUGGGGAAGCCUGUCCACCAACGGCUCCGAGCACACUGUGGACAGACGCAGAUAUCCAAUGGAGAUGCACAUAGUCAACAUGAAGUCUAUUCAUCCAAAUGUGUCAGCUGCCUUGGAGGAUCCAACAGGCCUUGCUGUUCUUGGAUUCUUUGUUGAUGUUGUUUAUGCAGACAAUGUACACUUGGGACACAUAACACGGAAACUCUCCUCUGUCGCUUAUAAAGGCCAAGCAACCUCCGUCAAGCCAUUUCCACUGAUCAGCCUUUUGCCAGAGCACAACAUGAGCCAGUAUUACCGUUACCACGGCAGCCUCACCACCCCUCCAUGUUCUCCAGUGGUCAUAUGGACUCUGUAUGAGGUGCCCAUCUAUGCAUCCUGGUCACAACUCGAGCAGUUUGCCUCAGAAAUGUACUCCACAGAGGAAGGUGAGGAAGACGAGAAACCUCUGCACAACAACUUCCGACACAUCCAUCCGACCUUCAGCCGCUCUGUCUACGCAUCCAGAGACGCCAAGCUCCUGCUGGGGAGGGCUGCUCCCCCCCUCAGCUCAGCUCUGCCGACGCACGUCUUUCAAAUCACUCUGCUUGGAGGCCUCAUCUACGGACUUUAG